AUGUCAAAAGUUUUAGUCAACUCACUAAAGAAUCAGAGAUAUGAAGAUGAUGAUUGUAUCAUUGCUGUUAUUAUUAUUAUUAUUAUUAUUAUUAUUAUUACUAUUACUACUACUAUUAUUAUCAUUAGUUACAUCGGACCCGCUAGGCAACGACACAGAAAAUCCACAACCUCCCGCAACUGGCGCUUCAGCCUCAAACCAUCCCGAGCAUGCGCACUCUUCUGCCCACACCCCUCCCCGCGCACGCCCUCGACUGCGCAGGCGUCAGUGUGCAAACUCCAUUGGUCAGGGUGCCGGAAGGGGCGGGGUUCGGGGGGGAGGUUCCGCGGUCCUCGUCCGGUCUUUCCGGCCGCGGUUCCCACCUCGGCGCGGGUCCCCGUGGUGCGGCGCAUCGUGGAGAUGCCCGGCCGUGGGGUGCGCGCCGACGACCGCGCCGCGCCCGUGCCCGCCCCCACGUCGACGGCUGCAAACACCGAGGCCCUUAGCAGCAAGAUUAAAGAACAAAAAAUUCUUGUGGAUGAACUUUCUAACCUGAAGAAGAAUCGGAAAGUAUACAAGCAGCAACCAAACAGCAACAUAUUCUUUCUUGCAGAUCGAACAAAAAUGUUUUCUGAAAGCAAAAAUACAUUAGAUGAACUAAUAAGAGAAUACCAAGCAUUAGAAAACUCAGAAACAACCAAAGUCAAGAGUCAGUCGCCCUGACUUCACAGAACCAUGUGUGGCAUUUGCUGUUCUGU